GCUCAGAUGUUUAUUGAGAAUUUACAUACACUUAACAAGUUGGACCACAAUUUCUUCUUUGAAUAUGAGGUAAAGGAUGGUCGGUUGUUUCGAGUGUUUUGGGCUGAUACAACUAGUAGGAAGAAUUAUGUCCAUUUUGGUGAUGUGUUGUCUUUUGAUACUACCUACAGCACAAACCAGUAUGACAUGAAAUUCGCUCCUUUUACUGGGGUCAAUCAUCAUAUGCGUUCCAUUUUCUUUGGGGCUGCCUUCUUAGCUGAUGAGAAGAUUGAGAGCUAUGUAUGGUUGUUUAACACCUUUCUUCGAGCUAUGGGAGGGAAGGCUCCAUCAUUUAUUGUAACAGAUGAGGAUGCUAGCAUCAAGGCUGCCAUUGCCAUCAUUCUUCCUGACACUAUACACAGGUUGUGCAUGUGGCACAUUAUGAAAAAGUUGCCUGAGAAAAUUGAUGCCAACCUUCUGAAAGAUGAUGAGUUUAGGAAGAUGAUCAACUUAUGUGUAUGGGGUUCAGAAACUAUAGAAGAGUUUGAGAGCAGAUGGCAAGCAUGGAUUGCAAAGUAUCACUUUGAGAACAAUGAAUGGUUAGUUGGAAGGUAUAAAAUCCGCAAAUCAUGGAUACCUGCAUACUUCAGAGAAAUAUGGCUUGGAGGUAUACUCCGAACAACCUCUAGAUCAGAAAGUGCUAAUUCGUUUUUCAGUCGCUUUAUUGGUCGCAAGCUUGCACUUGUAGAAUUUUGGAUAAGGUUUGAUACAGCAUUAAAAUGUCAGAGGCAGGAUGAAUUGAUUGAUGAUAACACUUCUAUGCAUACCAACCCAAAGCUUUUGACAUCGUGGGAAUUAGAGAGACAUGGCGGUGCCGUUUUCACACAUGAGGUUUUUAGAAGAUUUCAGGAUGAGUUGCUAGCAGCAAGAGAGCACUGUGAUGUACAGACCACAACUGAAAUGGAGGAUAGAACAAUUAUUAGAGUGGUCGACAACUCCAACAGACCAAGAGAGGUGAUUUUCGUUAAUGCCGAUCAGGUACAUAAGUGUUCAUUCAUGUUAUUCGAGUCCAUAGGAAUACCAUGUCGCCAUAUUAUACGGAUGCUAAGAUCUGCAAGGAUAAGUGAACUACCCAUGCACUACAUCACCAAGAGAUGGACCAAAAAUUGCAAAAGAGAAGCAGCAUUUGAUAGUGAAGGAAAUUUAUUAAUUGAGAAGUCCAUUACGUCCAUGGAAGAUAGUACGAGAAGAAAGAUGGCAGCUGCCCAUAACAAAUUUGAAGAUAUUUUUCAAAUGGCCAAGACUUCUGAGGAAGGUCUGGACAUUCUUAUACAGAAUUUGGAGAGGCUCUCCUUAUUAUUUGAGCCUACAUCUCGUGCAAGACAGGAGGAACAAGAAAGUUUUAUUGGGAUGUCCAUUCCGGAAAAUGUACAAGUUGUAAACUUUGGGUCGGAUGCUGUUAGCCUCACAAUCUCCACAACUGGACUUCAGGCUAGUGUUAAUGCUCUGGGAUCAACCAUCACUGUUCUCACAUCCGGGAAUGUUAUGGAUGAAAAUUCUUUCAGUAACCAAAACAAGGUUGCGCCGGUGAAGAGCGAGCUGAGCAAUGCCGCAGAGCAGAUGCAGGUCACGCUGGCUCCUCACUCCUUCAGUACGUUUGAUCUCGCGCUGGCGCAGUCCAAGCUUGUUGCGGAGAUAUGA